AUGUCUCAAUCACCCCAGGGAGAUAUCCAGGAGAGGAUUGCGGCUGCCAGGCGCGAGGCAGAGAGCCUGAGGGAGAAAAUCCGAGCACGGAGAGAGUCCUCAGCUGACACCAGUUUGCGAGCUAUGGCUGCGGAAGUCGCUGCGUUGCCUCGCAUCGUUAUGCGGCCGCGCCGGGCUCUGCGCGGUCAUUUGGCCAAGAUUUACGCUAUGCACUGGGCGACUGACCGCAGACAUCUCGUUUCCGCUUCGCAGGAUGGCAAGCUUAUCGUCUGGGAUGCUUACACCACAAACAAGGUUCACGCCAUCCCCUUGCGAUCAAGUUGGGUAAUGACCUGCGCUUAUUCACCCUCCGGCAACUACGUUGCGUGUGGAGGUCUCGACAACAUUUGUUCCAUUUACAACCUGCACUCGAAGGAAGGUAACAACGUCAAAGGUGCUCGUGAGCUUAGCGCACACUCGGGCUACCUCAGUUGCUGCCGUUUCCUCAACGAUCGUCAAAUUGUAACCAGUUCCGGCGAUAUGACGUGCAUGCUAUGGGAUAUUGAGGCAGGAGUUCGUGUCGUGGAGUUCAGUGACCACACCGGUGACGUGAUGAGCUUGUCGCUGGGCCCUAACCAGAAUGUGUUUGUUUCUGGUGCUUGUGAUGCUACAGCCAAGCUGUGGGAUAUCCGCAGUGGUAAGGCUACCCAGACUUUCACCGGUCAUGAGUCAGACAUCAAUGCUGUGAACUUCUUCCCCAAUGGUGAUGCCUUCGCGACUGGCUCAGAUGACGCAUCCUGCCGCUUGUUUGACAUCCGAGCGGAUCGGGAGCUGAACUCGUUCACCCACGACAACAUUCUUUGCGGUAUUACUUCAGUCGCAUUUUCAAUCUCUGGUCGCAUUCUCUUCGGUGGCUAUGACGAUUGGACCUGCAAUGUGUGGGACACCCUCAAAGGCGAGCGAGUGGGUGUUCUCACUGGUCACGAGAACCGUGUCAGCUGCUUGGGAGUCAGCGCAGAUGGCAUGGCGCUCUGCACAGGCAGUUGGGACAGCACGCUCAGGGUUUGGGCGUAA